ACAACCGCGAAGGUUUACCGGUUACACCGCUGAUCUGCGGGUCGGAUGUGGCGGCGGCACAUUUCCACAGACGUGUCUGAACGCAGGACGGGCCGUGUUCCGAUUCGGCUCGGGUGUUCCGCCUCGGUUGGCGCGCAUUUCUGUGUCGUCGUACUUUGAAAGUUUGUCGGCGCGUUAGCUAGUUUGAGAGCCAACGGGGAAAAGUUCAACGUUCAAACGUCGCACGUUACGUGCUGAAGGACUGCCGUGUGUCGUGGAGGGGAUGCGGGUUGUGAGACAUCGUGGAGUUGAGUGAACCCCUCGUGAUCAGGACUCAUGGAGACCACAGAAGUUUGUGAAAUUGAUGUGGCCAGCAGAAGAAUAGUGGGAGGCAGUGACUCUCCACCGGACCUGGACAGUCCAUCUCAGGAAGAGGUUGCAGAGUUUGGUUUGGGGUUGUGCUGUGCUGAAGAGGAGCGGGGGGAAACUCCAGGCAGAGAGGACAGUCCCAGCGACCUGGUGGAGGCAGAGCUUGACCCUGGAGGAGACCCCAAGACCGGAGAGGACAAGGCUUUUGGGAAGGAGGUUGUUCUUUUGAUGCAGGCUCUGAACUCCCUCGCCACUCCUGAGGAGAAACUGGCGGCUUUGUGCAAGAAAUAUGCAGACUUGUUGGAGGAGAGUCGCUGCAUGCAGAAGCGGCUGAAAGCUCUGCAGAAGAAGCAGUCUCAGAUUGUGAAGGAGAAGAUUCACCUGCAGGGGGAACACAGCAAGGCCAUCCUGGCUCGCAGCAAGCUGGAGAGCCUAUGCAGGGAGCUGCAGAGACACAACAAGACACUGAAGGAGGAAAACGCCCAGCGGUCCAGGGAGUACGAGGAGCAGCGGAAGGAGGCCAUGCUGCACUUCCAGAUGACCUUGAGCGACAUUGAGGUGCAGAUGGAACAACACAGCUCCCACAACACCAAGCUGAGGCAGGAGAACAUGGAGCUGGCCGAGAAGCUGAAGAAGCUCAUCGAGCAGUACGAGCUCCGUGAGGAGCACAUAGACAAAGUGUUCAAGCACAAGGAGCUUCAGCAGCAGCUGAUGGAUGCCAAGCUGCAGAGAAUCACCGAGAUGAUGAAAGAAGUGGAGGAGAAGCAGCAGAGAGAGAGAGACUUUCUGCUGAAGGAUGCCACAGAGUCCAGGCGCAAGUGUGAGCUGAUGAAGGAGCAAGAAACCCAGCUGAAACAACAGCUCUCCCUUUACAUGGACAAGUUCGAGGAGUUCCAGAGCACUCUGGCUAAAAGCAACGAGGUCUUCACCACCUUCAGACAAGAGAUGGAGAAGAUGACCAAGAAGAUCAAGAAGUUGGAGAAGGAGACAACACAGUGGAGGACCAAAUGGGAGAGCAACAACCAGGCCCUGCUGCAGAUGGCUGAGGAGAAAACUCUGCGUGACGGACACUUCAAGGCCCUUCAGGGGAAGCUGGAGCUGCUGGAGAGGCUGUGCAGAGCCCUGCAGAAGGAGAGGAACGACCUCAACAACCGGCUCAGCCUCCUCCAGGAGCAGGGAGACAAAGGGACCACAGCACUUCCUGAAGCCCAGCAACGAGAACCUCCGGCCAGGGAGGAAGACGAAGAAGAUGGGGAGGAAGAGGAGGUGGAGGAGGAAGAGGAAGAAGAUGAGGAGGGCUUGCCACAUGUUGAUGGGCUGGAGACAGAGGGCAUCCACGAAGCUCCCAGACCACCUGAACUGGACCCUCCACUGGCUGCUACUGACCAAACCACUACUGCUACGAGGACAAGCAGCCAGCCUACAGAGAGCCCGACCACAGAGCAGGACUGAACACGCCUACACGGCCUGUGUGACGGGAGUCCUCCACACACCUCCACCUCCUCGUUCCAUAACUAUCAAAAAACCACAUCUUAAAGGAGAUAGAGUUCUUUUCUUUUUCACUUCUAGACUUGCCUCCUCAGAUUUCUCCACGGAAAUUGAACCCAUAUCUUUUUUUUUUUUGUGUGAUAGUUUAAGAAGUUUAACAUGAUUGUAUCAAGAGUCUAUUCUAAACUUUGCCCGCGUAUACAUAGGUUGUGAUAAUUGGUUUGUGGCGAGCACUUCGUACUCCCUGUUUUCUACCAUAACUGUAUUUUCAUAGAGAAUUUGAUGACGAUUGGCUUUUUAUUUCUCUUCACACAGUCUCUUCCUGUGGUGUCGUGUCUCAUUGGAAAUAGUUUGAUUAAUUCAAAAGUGGGGGAUAUGACACGCAUACUGUCAUAGGUCACUUUUUCCGAAUGUAGCCCGUAGUAACGUUGUGAAGUCACAGUCGGAGGUUUAUUCGACAUCUGUGUUAUCCACAGGGUAUUAAAUAUCGUAUUGAUCACAUCAUAUCAGAAUGCGGAUAAGCUGGUUUUGAAGCUGGGUAAUGUAGUCAUUCUUUGCUAAUACGGCUGUCACGUUUAUAAUGUUUGAAGUUGAAAUGAGUGUCAGCAGCCAUCACCAUCACUGUGACCCACGGCUGCUCUGUCAGUGAACCAGGCUGUGGUUCUCUUUGUUAGUGCGCACAGAGAAAAGCAGCUAUUUAACAGCAAGGGUGGAAGAAUAGAAAGUGAGACAAUAAAUGACAUGUGAUUCAGGAUUAGUUUGUUUCUCAUUCAACACAUUUCUACCAUCACCUCCUGCAGACCACAUCUGUUUGUAGAGCAGUCGAGCAUCAAGCUGAGCCUCCAGUUGGAGGUACUGUAGUGUCAGGAGUCUGCAUUGACCCACUGACUGCUGAAUAGUUCUUCAAGUCAUAUAUGUUGUUAUGGGUCUGCUUGAAUGGAUCAUGGAGGUGUCAGGAAGCUUUAUGAGCUUUAUGGGAUGGGUCACAAUUCACUUUGAAGCUCUGUCAUCUUUAAAAAAUGAUCAUCUUUAAGAUUAUUCUAUAUCGAAGUACAUUUUUGUUGUUUGAAUCGGUUUCCCUCUAAGCAGAAUUGAAAUCAUACAGCAGGGCAUUGGUUCCGCGUUGUGGAUGUGAUGCGUGAGAUGAAGCCCAGCGGGUAACCAAUCGGUUGAUGAUGUUGGGGCCUCUCAGCCCAGUUAUUACAGAUACCACAAGUUGCUUUUCUGUUCAGUCAGGGGGGUGUUUGCUGCCACGUGUAAUUUUGAACAGACCUCUCACAGCAGCAGGUGUCACCAAAUCAAUCAAACCAGAAAUCUGUACGAUCAGAACUGAUAGUUUCUCUUACUUAUGUUUGUGUCCUCUCAAAGGAAAUGUUUCAGUUUGUUUUGAAAACUCAUGCCAUCGCUAAAAUGUAGGAAACAGAAAUAACCCGUCAGUCGAGACAUUAUUUUGUUGUUUGCUUGUAAUUCACUCGAGAGACGACUCAAGCUCAGCGAAUAUGCAAAAUAUGUCACGAGUUACAUCCGCAUCUCAGCGCUGAAUUAUUUUUUAAUGAACCAUGUCAUUUGAUUUUCAUCUGGUCAUCAGCGGGGUGUACAGGGAAGAGGCAAGUCAGGAGUUCGGAACCAUUUAUCCAACGGCAAAUUCUGUAAACGAUGUUUUGAAAAUGAGUUUGGUACGUCAGAAUAAUGGACUGUCACUGCUGAAACUUUAUACUGGACGAAAACUGAAUGUGAUGUGCUUUUCUAAUGCGUUUGAAUAAAAGAUAUUGAUUUCCAUCAGUGAUGCAUAUCAAUAGGAGCUGCAGUUAUCGUACAUGAGGGAAGUCAUCAGUGUGUGUAGCGUCUUGAGAUGCUGAAUGUAGAGUCAAAGCAGCAGGGUGAGUCCCAUUCACACACCUCUCUCCAUCUGCAGAUUUGAUUCUCUUUAUCAGUUUUCUUCUAGGGCACCUCUGUCAAAUGUUUAAUGCAACUACUGAUCUGCAACAGGUCCAAUAUCUUGAAUAUAGUUCUUCAUUGUCAACGUUACCCCCGAUAACUGCUUCAUCAGCACCCUUAUUCCAGGAUCCCGGUUUUUGAUUUGUGGGUAUAAUUACAAGACUGAUCCAAAAUCAGCAUUCCUUUGAGAGCUCAUAUGUGGUGGCCAUAAGACGGAGCAUGUUGCCACAGCUCUGUUCAGUUUAGUCUGUCCUCUUUAGAUCAGUGGGACGGACAAUCAUUCCUUCAAUCUGAACACACACACCGACUGCCUGCUGGAUGACGCCUCUGGAUGCCACCUUGCAUGCAGUCAAUAUUGAUCCGUCACUUCUGGCCUUUCGAAACUUCUCAUGCAUUUCUCUUCACAUUGAGUGACUUUGAAACACUGAUGUGAACACGUACAGGGUCAAGUGUCAGAUGUGUGUAAUUUUUCUUUGGUGCAGGACAGAUCUAGUCAUGCCCCGAGCCCCAAGGGAAGACUUUCAGCAUCUAUUUCCUCUUUGGCGUUUUCCCAGAUUGACUCUCAGGUAAUGUCAGAAUCUACCUCUGCAGGUGAGACUUACUGUGAAAGAAGAGGCAUGAGUCACCAUAGCUUCUGAGAGCUUUAUUUUUACUAAAAAAAAAAAACAAAGUCUGAGCCCACGCCCCCUCUUUGAUUGAUUGUACAAUGUUCUUAUAGUCCUGUCUUGCUUUUCAAUAAACAUUUUGUAGAAUUUGCAA